GUGUUUUUCAAAGAUUAAUUAAAAUAUUCAAAACACAUUUACUUUUAUCUUUAACUAUUUCUUCUGUUUUUGUUGGAUUAAUUAUUGGAUUUGCUUUUCGUGGAAUGAAUUUAAGUCAGGAAUCUGUUCGAUUAAUUAAUUUUCCCGGAGAAAUAUUUAUGCAAGUUUUGAAAUUAAUGAUUUUACCUUUAAUUUUUUCUUCUCUUGUUUCUGCAUUAGCACAAAUGGAUGCUAAAGAAUCUGGUCAAAUGAGUUUAUUUACUGUUGGGUAUUAUGUAAUAACUACUUUAUUUGCUACUAUGACAGGUAUUUUACUUGUUUUGGUUAUCCAUCCAGGUGAUCCAGCGAUUAAACAAGAAUUGGCUUAUUUAGAAAUUCAACAUAAUCCAAUUUCCCCUUUAGACACAUUUUUGGAUGUUAUUAGGAAUAUGUUCCCAGAAAAUGUAAUUCAAGCAACAAUGCAGAGAACACAAACAAAAUAUUAUUUUCCAUUAAAUAAAAGGACUGGAAAUAAAAAACAAGACAAUUCGUCCCAAAAUAAUGAUUUUACUUUAAUUUAUAGGAAAAAAAUAGAAAAUAUAAAUGGAAUGAAUAUUUUAGGAAUUAUUGUUUUUUGUACUGGAUUUGGAAUUGUUAUAUCUCAAUUGGGUGAAAGGGCUAAAAUUAUUGUUGAAUUUUUUAUUAUUUUAGAGGCAGUAAUAAUGCAAUUAGUUGGUAUAUUUAUGUGGUUAACACCUUUAGGAAUUGUUAGUUUAAUUGCUGGAAAUUUACUUGAAUUAACUAAUUUAAGCGAUACAGCAGCAAUUUUACUUCUUUAUGUUUUUACUGUUUUAAGUUCUUUAUUUAUCCACACAUUUUUAACAAUGCCGCUAAUUUAUUUUUUAUUUACAAGAAAAAAUCCUUUAAAAGUUGCUAAAGGGAUGUUACAAGCUUUGGUUACUGCUUUUGGAACGGCGUCUGGAGGGGCUGCUUUGCCUGUUUCGAUGCGUUGUAUGGAAGAGAAUUUAAAUAUAGACAGUCGAAUUACUCGUUUUGUACUUCCUUUAGGUUCAACAAUAAAUAUGGAUGGAAAUGCUUUAUACGAAGCUGUUGCUGUUAUUUUUAUAGCCCAAUUAAAUAAUGUAACUUUAACUUUGACAGAAGUAAUUACUGUUAGUUUUAUAGCCACAAUAGCCUCUUUAGGUUUAAAUUCUGUCCCAGCCGGUUUAGUCUCUAUUUUUGUUAUUUUAUCGACUGUUGGUUUGCCUGUAAAAGAUAUUCCUUUAGUAAUUACUGCAGAUUGGCUACUUGACAGGAUUAGAACGAGUAUAAAUGUUUUGGGGGAUGCUUUUGUUGCUUCGACAGUUAGUCAUUAUUUGGAAUUUAAAUUAAAAGAAACUGACAAUAAAUAUAUUAAAAAUGAAGAAGAAAAAAGAGAAGAAUUUACUAAUGAUUUAAAAAAACAAUUAAAUAAUCCUUUAAUUAAUAGUAGACAUCAUUCACAAGAUAAUAAUACACAAUUGGCAAGAACAAGCAAUGAUUGA